GGUGAGGAGCUCUGUGUUUGACAGAUGUUCGUACAGGAUCAACCGCUUUAUUCAAAGGCAAGUACCGGAGGAGGGACAGCGGACUGUGUUUGGAUUACUCACCGGCAGAGGACUGAAAGAUGUCGGGAGAAAAAGCGUCGAGUCCCUGUAACAAAUUUCAAGCCAACAUUUUUAAUAAAAGUAAAUGUCAAAACUGCUUCAAGUCCCGUGAGCUGCAUUUGUUAAACGACCAUGACAUGGAGAAGGCAAAACCCAUAUAUGGAGGCUGGCUGUGUUUGGCUCCUGUGGGGACAGAUUUUGACAACCCAAUGCAGAGGUCAAGGAAAUGGCAGCGGCGGUUCUUUAUCCUGUAUGAAGACGGCAGCCUGCGCUUCGCCCUCGAUGAACUCCCGAGCACUUUGCCACAGGGAACUGUGAACAUGAAUCUGUGUACAGACAUCACUGAUGCAGAGCCCAGGACGGGACAGAGAAAUGCACUCUGCAUCAUCACACCAGAGCAGGAAAUAUUCAUCCGUGGUGACAAUAAAGAGAUCAUUAAUGGGUGGAGUGAACAACUUGCUGUCUAUCUACGGACUAAUAAGCAGAAUCAGAAGAAAAAACGCAAAGUGGAGCCUAUUGCCACCCAGGAACCCAGCCCAGCAAAGAUGGCUGCAACUGAUCCAAGUUUCCCAUCCUCUGAGAACGCUACAGACUCCGGCUGUGGUAGGUGGCAGGAAGACCGGCAGCAGGGCAGGGGACCGGGAGAAACCCCCAAGUGGACUGUCCCAGACUCAGAACCCCCAGGCCCGGAGAAGACCCCUGCAGGCAACACAUCUAGCUACCUGUGCCCGGUCUCUGCUGGCAGUUUCAAUAUCCCAGUCGGCUCGUUGGACUUGGUGACCAGUGGAAACACCGAACCCGGCAGUAACAACCAGCUGGCUGAGUCAAACAACAUCCAAACAUCAGCAAACAACAAGAACCAGAGCCAAGACAAAAGCCAUGGCAGCCCAACAGAGAGGCUUCUGGGAAUGGGGGCCACUGAGAAAGAACAGGAAGAAGAGGAGACAGCUGUUUCCAGGACAGGCAGGAGUGAAGCUCGCACCAACAAGCGAGAGAAGCUGCAGUCAUGUGGAGACAUAGCCCAGCUCACUGUGCCCCCACCCCAGAGAAGAGCCAAGUCUCUGGAUCGCAGGACGUCUGACAACGUCAUGACGCCAGAUUUAUUAAACUUCAAAAAAGGCUGGAUGGUCAAAUUGGAUGAAAAUGAACAGUGGAAGAAAUACUGGUUUGUGCUGUCGGCUGAUAGUCUGAGGUACUACAAGGACUCAAUGGCUGAGGAGGCUUCAGAUCUUGAAGGAGAAAUCGACUUAACAAAGUGUUACAAUGUGUCUGAAUAUCAGGUGCAGAGGAACUACGGCUUCCAGAUUCAUACCCCAAAGGGUGUCUACACGUUGUCGGCCAUGACUUCAGGGAUACGCAAAAACUGGAUCCAGGCUCUGAUGAAAAACGUUCGUCCAGCUAAUGCCCCAGAUGUAGCCAGUUUACCUGGCCACCACGUUCCCUGCAGCCUACCUGAGUCCCUCCCCAGACCAGACGUGACUCAGGACUCUCCCCCCGCUGACGUCUCCACAGAGCGAGACCCUCAUCCCAAACACAGGAGUGUGAUGGAGAGACGGCGGGAGGGACGCUACAAAACCUUUGACUGGGCCGAGUUCAGGCCUCAGAACAAGCCGACUCCAGAUCCCCAGAGCACUAAAGCUCUGUGUUCACUGGAGUUAGGGGAUCUAGAGAGGAGGAAGAGGAGGGAGGAGAGGAGGAGGAGGUAUGAGAGCAUGCUGGGCUUCUCUCUGGGGUGGGAGGUGAUUGGAAAUAAAGCAGCAGAUGGAAGUGUCCGAGCACUGAGUCCAAAAUCACAGCAGAAAGCGGAAGAAGAGAUUGAAGAGUGCUGGAAACAGGUGGAGAAGACGAUGUUCAAACUGGAGAGCAGUGUCCCGCUGUUUACUGAAGACAGAGACACUGUGGAGAUGGAGAAGCUACUGGACAGUUACAGGAAGGGGGUGGAGGAUCUGAAGGCCCAGCUGGCAGAGUCGGAGCGUCACAGACUGGAGCUGGAGGCUCAGCUCAUUACAGCAGGAUAUUAUCAACAGCAGCGGGACCCUCCUCUGAGUCCUGAAGCAGAUUUUUGCCCAUCAGACACAAAGGAAAAGCCAUUAAACAGCAACACACAGACACUGACGGAUGUGUGCAAAGAAACCAGAGAGCAGCAGCAGAACAUUAUCAACAUGCAGGAGCAGCUUAGCCUUGAACCGCCUUCAUUACCACCUCAGACUCCCAGCAUCUGGCUGCAUGACGCAGAGGGCAGUUUACAAGAACUGGUGGAUUUGCUUCCUGAGACAGCAGAGACACCUUUAUUAUUAUCACCUGCAUCAGACAACCAGGACGUAUUUUCUCAGAGUGACGGACAAACUGUAGACUUAGACGUUGCAGCAAUCAACCACCAGAAUCAGCAGGACAGAGAUGACUGUGAGCAGGUUCCUAGCUCAGAAAUACAAAUAAAUAAUAGUGAAUAUAGUUCAUUAAGUCUGGAGAAGUCUGCAGACGCAGGUGAUGACUUGCUGAGCUGCUGUGUAGAACAACAUAUACCUCCAGACCAAGCGAUGGUGAGGAGGCUUUCCAAAGAGGUGGAGCUGCUCACCAGCCAGAACGAGGCUCUCAACCAGCGCAACCAGGAGAUGCUAAACCAACUGACCGAGGCUGACCGUGAGAUAGAGAGGCUGAAAGUGGAGCUCAGCAGCAGGUACACUGAACCCCAUCACCUCCCUGAAGUGGAACAGCUGGAACAAACAAGGGUUGAAGAUCUGGAGAGGGAGCUGAGCUCCAGAGACCAGCAGCUCCUGGAGGCCCAGACCUUGAUCACCUCCCUGGAGGAGAAUCUGAGGGAGACGGAGGCACUGCUGCAGCUGAGCGCCGCAACAGAAACAGAAGAAACAGGACAGGAGAAUAAGGGAUACCUGCUUCGAUGUUUUGAGGCCACCGAGGCCAAGCUUACAGAGCUGGAGAGACAGGUCAACGAAUCAGAAUUGGCUUGCAGGGAGCUCCAGAUGCAAAAUGCAGAGCUGAAGGAAGCUGAGAAACUUUACCUUCAAACAGCUGCAGAGGCGGAGGCUGACAUCAGGAGGCUGAAUCAAGAGUUGGAGGAGAAGGAGAAGUUGAAAGAUGGAGAUGGCAAUAGAUGUGUUUCUGGUGAAGAAAGGAUCCGGCAAGUGAUAGACGGGAUGGUCAUGAGGUUGAAAGCUUUGGAGAGAUUACUGGAGGUGAUUGACAAGUUGGAUUUUGAUAUGAGAAAGGAGGAAGAGGGGAAGCCUACAGUAGUGAGUCAGCUGAGUUGGGAGGAAGAGUUUUGGAGUUUACUGCUAAACAAACUAAAUGCCAAUCCCUCUCAGCUUGAUGAGGAGAAACCUGUACAAGUGCUUCUUAGUGAGGGGAUGGAACGUAUGAUAGCAGAGAAACAAAUGCUGCUGUUAGGGCAUGGUUUACUCUCUGAGACAGAUGAAGGGAGGGGAUGUUUGAAAGAUCUGGAUAUUAUAUGGAAUACUGCAAGUGAGUCAGAAACCAAAAAGAUAGAUGAGAGCAGGACAUAUGACUUAAGCGACCAGCUGUGUGAGAUGGAACAUUUUAGAGACUUCACACAGAAGAAAAUUUAUUUUCUAAACCACCUGGCCUCCUCUGUCAACACCUUAGGCCUCGACAAACUCAAGUUUACAGCUGACAGACUCUCCAACCAGCAUCCUUGGUCUGGUUUCAUUCACUCAGCAGCAACUGAAGCAUUUUACUGCUGUCACUUAAGCAGACUUCAGUCACAAUGUGGGAGGCAACUUGAAGAAACCAAACAAAAAUUGCAGAGUUCAUCUCUCAUCUGCAGCAAGUGUGUCGACUUGAUGGAAGAAAACAGGGAGCUCAGAGAACGACUGUCAAACCUAGAAGCACAACAGUCAUCGUCAUCGGGCGAUAAGAUGGACAGGUGUUGCCAGACAGAAGAGACUUACCCACAGGACACUGAUAUUGAGUUAAAGGUAGCAGAUGAAAGUAUUGCAGAUGAAAACGGAGAAGAAGAAGUGAUGGUUGAGUGCCUGGAUGUCCCACUUCCAUGUGUUGAAGGCCAGUUGGGAAUCCAGGAGAGAGCAGAUGAAAGCACAGAGAAAAGCGAUACAUCCCAAAAGGAAACCGAUCCUUUGGGCUUGGACACAGAGCUAGUUUUAGAGCUGAGAAGAAGAGUGGAGGAGCUGGAGGAGCAGCUGGCUGUCAUGGCGGAGGAGAUGAAAGAAGAGUUUGAUGGGAAGAUGAGUUCUGUUCAGACGCAACAGGAGAGGGACAUGGAAAAGCUGAAGGCCACAUGUGAGCGUGGCAUAGCCUCCAUGGAGGAGUCUCACCUGAAGGUCGUGGAGGAGCUGCAGCGUCGACACCAACAGGAAGUGGAGCGCCUCGUGUUGGACAGAGACAGACUGCUGGAGGAGGAGAGCGCUGCUACGGCCACUGCAAUCGAAGCUAUCAAGAACGCCCACCGGCUGGAGCUGGAGAGGGAGGUGCAGAAGAGAUGUCAGUCAGAGAACAGCACAGGAAACACACACCUGGAGGACAUAUACAGACAACACAGUGAGGAGCUGGCCUCGUACCAGCGGGAGCUCGAGGUUUUGUCGCAGCAGUUUUCUCUGAAGUGCCUGGAGAACGGACACCUUGUUCAGGCUCUGGAUGCUGAGAGGAAGGCCUUGUGUCAGUGCCAGCAGGAAAACCAAGACCUGAGGACUAGAAACCAGGAGUUGAGCGGUCACCUCGCUGCAGAGAUCACCAGACUGUGUUCUCUGGCGAAGCAGGACGCGCUGCCACUCAGUCAGGGUAUGGAUGUGUACGAAAUGGAGAUUACCCUGCGAGUGAAGGAGUCUGAGGUUCAGUGUCUGAAGCAGGAGAUCACAUCCCUGAGGGACGACCUGCAGUCAGCACAAAGGGACAAGAGAAGCGCCACAAAGAAGUACAAAGACAUGGUCACGGAGCUGAGCAUCACGAGGGCUAAAACAGAGAGGGAGACGGACGAGCUGAGAGAAAACCUGAGGCUGGCUCAUAAAGCUCUGGACCAGGCUUCAUCUUAAAAAGUGUCAACAUUAGAUUCUUCACUGAAACACGUAGUCGUCUCCCUUUAGUAUCACCACCCAGAAAUGUGUUUAAAGCAAAAAUCUUAUCUUUCGUCUUAUUUAAUAAACCCAGGACCUCUUAUGCACAAUCUCCCUUCACACUCCUUUUUAUAUUUUGAGAUAAAAAUGUUUAUGUGUUGUCUGUAUGUUGUUUAUUAUGUCUGUAUCAAUUAUUAACCUUCUUGACACUGAGUUUUUUUUCAUCAUUUACAGUGAUUUCUACUGCAAUGCUCCUGUAAAACUGCAAGUUAUUUUAAAUGUUUCCCAAAUAUUAUCAUAAAAAUCUUAGUAGUUACUUUGUGUGUUGUAUAUAUAUUAUCUGUACAGCCAUUUUGUUACUGCAAUACUUAAACUGACUUGUACAAAUACAUGUUUUAUCACAUGUAUUUUGUCAUUCUCUGCUGUAUGUCCUCAAACUUUUUAAGCAGUUUUUUUAAAUCAAAUUUUUAAAUUAAACACAUUUAUAAACAUGUCAAGUCACUUUACUGGCAGAUUACUCAAUCUGUCAAUUAUAUUUGUACCCUGCAGUAUUAAUAUAAAUGUUUUUUAUUAUUAUUAAUUAAAUCAAAUUGGCAGAUUAAACCUAUGCUG